AUAUAUAUGUGUCUUCCUAACCGCUCACCAGCAGAAGUUACUGUGUGAAGUUCUUUCUUUCUUCUUUUUUUUUUUACCUUUCAAAAAGGACCGCUGUUACUGAAACUUUAUAAGAAAGGACCUUCUUGAGAUAAGACUUAAAACUUUGCUAUUAUUUUCUGUGUUUUUAUUUUUUUCCGUUUUAAACGAAGCUAAUCGGAACAAAGGACUCGCGCGGCGCGCUUCUUUUCUCACAACUUGAAAGUCGCCGGUGAAUUUUUAUGUAUUUGGAUUUGACGCUUAUAUCCCGCUGUACUAUGGUCAUCAUGGAGGUUCCCACUAUCGACUGUGCUAGCCUCCGUGGCCUGUUGGAGGACGACGUCUCGGGCUGCCUGGUUCUGGACUGCCGCUCCUUCCUCUCCUUCAACUCGUCCCACAUCACGGGCUCCACCAACGUGCGUUUCAGCACCAUAGUCCGCCGGAGAGCCCGGGGCGGCCUGGGGCUCGAGCACAUCGUGCCCAACGAGGACACCCGGAACCGGCUGCUGUCCGGUGAGUACCAGUCCGUGGUGCUGCUGGACGACCGGAGCUCGGACUUCAGCCAGGUGAAGAAGGACGCCACGCUGAUGCUCGCCGUCACAGCCCUGUCCCGGAACCCCUGUGGAGCCAGUGUGUUCAUCCUCAAAGGUGGAUUUGACAGUUUUUCAUCAGCACAUCCAGACUUGUGUACCAAACCUUCCCCACCACAAGGUCUUAACUUGUCCCUGAGCUCCAGGCAUCCUGAGAGUGCUGAUCCAAGCAGCAGUCCGUGUAAUACGCCUCUAUACGACCAGGGAGGCCCUGUGGAGAUCUUGCCAUUCCUCUACCUUGGUAGCGCCUACCACGCGUCCAGGAAAGACAUGCUGGACAUGCUGGGGAUUACCGCCCUCAUUAACGUCUCAGCCAACUGUCCCAACCACUUUGAGGACUCCUUCCUGUACAAGAGCAUCCCCGUCGAGGACAACCACAAAGCGGACAUCAGCUCCUGGUUCAAUGAGGCUAUUGAGUUUAUCGAUUCUGUGAAAAACAAAGGAGGCCGUGUGUUCGUGCACUGCCAAGCGGGCAUCUCGCGCUCCGCCACCAUCUGCCUCGCGUACCUCAUGCGCACCAACCGCGUGAAGCUAGAUGAGGCCUUCGAGUUCGUCAAGCAGCGGCGCAGCAUCAUCUCCCCCAACUUCAGUUUCAUGGGUCAGCUCCUCCAGUUCGAGUCCCAGGUCCUGGCCUCGUCCACUUGCUCCUCGGAGGCGGGCAGCCCGGCCAUCGGCAGCGGGAACUCCGUGUUUAACUUCCCCGUGUCCAUCCCGGUGCACACCUCCACCGCGCAGCGCUCCUUCCUCCACAGCCCCAUCACGACCUCUCCCAGCUGCUGAGGAAGGUGCGGGCAGAACAGACUUCAGUUUCACCUCUGCUCGGAGCUUUUCACAAAACACUGAUGAGAUCACAAACUGUUUGUCCUUUCAUGGUGAUGCUGGUGUCACUGGACAGAAUGGAUGGUGUUGUGCGAGGCCCAGUAGAUCAUUUCAAUGGGAGAUUUGAUAUCUUCCACCAGGCAGUAUUGAUGUUUCCUUAAUGUGAAAGUCCUCCCCAACCCUGCAGGACUCAGGAGAAGUCAGACAAAGAUGGUCCUGUUUAGUGCAUCAUCUGAUUGUGUUUGUUGUAUUUUAAUGAAGGCCUUAGAUAAUCACAAUCAUUGUAAACACAACAGAGAGGUCUGUUAUCUCAGGAAUGUUUACCCAGCCUCUCACGUCUUUUUGCUUUCUACACUUGCCAAGAGAGCAGAGUGAACCCGACCGGAGGUGGGGCUCCCUCAAUCAAUGAAUGUGUCUCCUCUUUAUCAGUAGACAAGUCUUCAAUCUUCCCAGUUAGAUAUAGAGUUAAAGAGGUGGCAGGUUAGAUUCCAAAGUUUUUGUUUUAUUUACGUCUUCCUUAGACAACACUGACGACCCUGACGUGUUGGGUGAGCCAACGUUAAAAUACCUCAUGUGUUUUUCUGUACUGUGACAGAAAUCCCCAAAACUAUUAAAGACGGGGCGAAGACGUCUUUGUGACUGCAUUAUGACAUAUUUAUUAACUAAAGUAAUAUAUUUCUUUAUUAUAUCUAUUUUUACAAACGUU